AAGCGCGCACCGCCCUUCGCCGCAGGGAUUUCCGGGAUCCUGGAGGGGCCGGAAGUGCGCCCUGCUCACGCUUCCGGCCCGGCCAUUGUUUUGGCGUCUGCGGGCUCCGACUGCGUUCCGCGCCCAGGCCCGAGGCGACUGCACCCGGGUGACACCCCCAUCGCCCUGUGCCCCCAACUCUGAAAACAGUUCCUGAGACCUGAAGUACAAAGCAUCAUUUUAAUUGGACAAACUGCAGCUGAAACAAGUUUCCCUUUGAGGUCCCAAUGGCCACCCAAGGCAAGGGAACUUUAGGCCUCAUCCCUAGGGGUGCUGUUUUCCAGAAACAGGAGGGCCGCCAGACCAUGAAGCAAGAGCCAGGGAGCCAGACCUGGGGUCAGGGCUGUAGUCUCCAAAAGAACCACCCAUCUGUCUGUGAAAUUUUCCGGCUGCACUUUAGACAGCUAUGUUACCAUGAGAUGUCUGGGCCACAGGAGGCACUGAGCCGGCUCCGGGAGCUCUGCCGCUGGUGGCUGAUGCCAGAGGUACACACCAAGGAGCAGAUCCUGGAGCUGCUCGUGCUGGAGCAGUUCCUGAGCAUCCUACCUGGAGAGUUACGGACCUGGGUGCAGCUACAUCACCCUGAGAGUGGUGAAGAGGCUGUGGCUGUGGUGGAGGAUUUUCAGAGACACCUCAGUGGACCAAGAGAGGAUUCAGCUCCUGCACAGGAACAGGAAAUGCAUUUGGAGGAGACAACAGCCCUGGGUACAACAGAAGAAUCUCUUCCUACCUCACCCUUCAGUGAGGGUUCAGCCUCUAGAGCCCGCCUGGAGCCUCCUCAUGACCCAGGGUCACAUCUCUUCCCCAGUGGGCACUCUGGUCCGUGUGCUUCGCAGGUGCCUGCCCUUUCCCAAGCUGGGAAGUCAGGAGACCAGGCAGCAGCAGCUGUGCUUCAGAUGGUCAGGCCCCAGGUGUCUGCAGCGUACGAGUUCCUGUCUGUGGACUAUACUGAGAGGAAGUGGAAAGGUCCGGCAGUCGGUCAGAGAGCCGUGUACCGGAGCAUCAUGCCGGGAAAUUAUUGCAGCGUGGCCUCAUUGGGUGACACUAGGAUGCGGUGUUCAGAGUUGCCUGUGAAGCUGGCAGUUUCUAAGGGACCAGAGUCAUCUGAUGGGACGUCAAGAGGGCUCUGUGCAGUAGUUUCUGGGGAACCAGAGGCAGGAGCUGCCUGUGAAGGUACUUCAGAGAAGCUGGAAGGGCAACCCUCAGAUGAAGAAGGGAGCAGACUGGAAAAUGCUUUCUUCAAAAUAACACAUGAGGACAAAGAUAAAUCCACAAAAGGUGGAUGUGAUGAAUAUAAAGAACUUGGGAAGCAUCCACACCUGUCCCCUAGUGCUGCAGCACAUCAAAGAGUACUGAAGGGACAGAAAUUAUAUCAAUGUGAUGAAUGUGGUAAAGCUUUCAAUCGGAGUUCACACCUCAUUGGGCAUCAGAGAAUCCACACAGGAGAGAAACCCUAUGCAUGUAGUGAAUGUGGUAAGACCUUCAGGCAGACCUCUCAGCUCAUCGUUCAUCUCAGAACCCACACGGGUGAAAAGCCCUAUGAGUGCAGAGAAUGUGGAAAUACUUACCGGCAUAGCUCCCAUCUUAUUCAACACCAGAGACUCCAUAAUGGUGAGAAACCAUAUAAAUGUAAUGAAUGUGCAAAAGCUUUCACUCAGAGUUCCCAACUGAUUGACCAUCAGAGAACCCAUACUGGGGAGAAACCUUAUGAAUGCAGUGAGUGUGGUGAGGCCUUCAUUCGGAGUAAAAAUCUUGUCCGUCAUCAGGUACUUCACACUGGUAAAAAACCUUACAGGUGUAGUGAGUGUGGGAAAGCUUUCUGUUCUAACAGAAAUCUUAUUGACCAUCAGAGGAUCCACACUGGGGAGAAACCUUAUGAGUGUAAUGAAUGUGGCAAGGCCUUCAGUCGGAGUAAAUGUCUUAUUCGACAUCAGAGCCUCCACACUGGAGAAAAACCAUACAAAUGUAGUGAGUGUGGGAAAGCUUUUAAUCAGAAUUCUCAACUUGUUGACCAUGAGCGAAUUCAUACUGGAGAAAAACCUUUUGAAUGUAAUGAGUGUGGUAAGGCAUUCAGUCUGAGUAAAUGUCUUAUUCGACAUCAGAGACUUCACACAGGCGAAAAGCCAUAUAAAUGCAAGGAGUGUGGAAAAUCCUUCAACCAAAACUCACACCUCAUUAUCCACCAGAGAAUCCACACUGGUGAGAAGCCGUAUGAAUGUAAUGCGUGUGGGAAGGUCUUCAGUUAUAGCUCUAGCCUCAUGGUACAUCAGAGAACCCAUACUGGUGAGAAACCGUAUAAAUGUAGUGAUUGUGGGAAAGCCUUCAGUGACAGCUCACAACUCAUUGUGCAUCAGAGAGUUCACACUGGAGAGAAGCCCUAUGAAUGUAUUGAGUGUGGGAAAGCUUUCAGUCAGCGUUCCACUUUUAAUCACCACCAGCGAACUCACACUGGAGAGAAGCACUCAGGUCUGGCUCGCUCAGUUUCUUAAGAUGUAAUUUUCCAAGGGACUUUGAGUUAAGCUUUUUUUAUAAGAAGGAUGUUUACUGUGAUCUCUUAAAACUGCUCAUCAGAAUGUACCAUUCUUUACAUGCUUUCUGGUGAGCCAUGAAGGUGGGAGGGUGGGAAUCCUCAUGUGUAAUUGUUUCCACUGUUAGGGAAGUAAACAUUACACAUUUCAUGUACUGGAAGUUUUUUUAAAUUAUUUUGCCCCACUCUUUCUCCCCCACCCCCAUUCUUUUAAUUUGUGAAAAAUCUAACCUAUUGCUGAUUGUGCAUCCUAUCAUCAGAUUGUGUGCUUUCAAGGACAGAAAUUAGUUUCUUAUUCUCCUCCACCCCCUCUGUUUUAUCACUUACACAAGUCAUAUUGCAAGAUGGAUCCUUUCCUUUUUCUUGGCUGAGGCCCUCCCCUAUAUAGUUUUUACACUUCCAUUCUAAUCCAGACCAACCUCACUUGUGUUCCCUACCUUAAAAAAAGGUGGGAUCUAAUGUUUGUUAGAUUCUUCCAGAUCCCUCUCAUCUCUGAAAGACCGUCUUGACAUGCUUCUUCAUCCCUGUUAAACUUCUGUUCAUUUGAUCUCAGUCCCUCCAAAUAGUUGUUGCUACAGUAUGCAACUAUUAUCAAAUUACCUUGUCAGUUAUUCUGAACUUAAUGUGUAUGUGUGUAUUUUCAUAUCAACCUGUCGUAGGCUUUUUCAGGUUAGUUAUGGUAUCUGUUCUCUUAGUACAUAAAUAAUAAUUUUCAUAUAGUAGUUGUUUAAUAAAUAAAAUUUUAAAACUCUGGUCUCCAGUUGGACCAUCCUUAAACUGGGUUUGAUAUCCCCUUCCCCACCCUAGUCAGACUAGACUAGAGGCUUCUAAAGACAGAAGUGGUGUCUCAUCAUAGGAUAUCACAGAGAGGGUCCUCGUUGAUAUCUUCUACAUGUAUUCUUAGACAUCUCACAACUGGUACUUCAUUGUUGGUUUUUGAUAAAUACUCUAUUGUGUUUAGGAAGUUUCCUUCUAUUCCUGUUUUUAUUUGUUUGUUUGUUUAUUUAUUAUUUUUUAAGUAGGCUCCAUGCAUAUGUGGGGCUUGAACUCAUGACCUCAGGAAUGAGAAUGACAUGCUUUACUGCGUAAGCCAACCAGACACCCCUCUAUUCCUGUUUUUAGAAAAAGCAAGAUAAUACAGUAGUUAAGAACACUGACUUUGUGCCUAGUACCCUAAUUCAAAUCUUGGCUCCAACUACUUUUCUAGUUGUAUGGCCCUAGGCAAGUUAUUUAGCUCCCUUGUGUGUCAGUUCUUCCAUCUGUAAAGUAGAGCUAUGCCUGUUAGGAUAAAAUUAGUACCUAAGUGUUAGGUAUUUAGAACAGUACUUGGCCCAUAGUACCCACUAUAGCAAUUAUCAUUAUACUUACAGUUGAUAAGUUCUAAUUAAGUUUUUAAAAAAAUCUUGAUAUAAUUUUAUGGGUCACGUCCUUUAUUUUUGUAAUUCAUAGUUUUUUGAGAAGUUUCCAGGUAAUUGAAAUUUCCUAGAAGUCCUGGAAUAAAAUCCAUUUGUGUGUGGUGAUUUUUUUUUUUUUAAUUGGAGAACUAGAUUGAAUUUACUAAGGUUUUGCUGGCUUUCCAAAAUGUAUUUAGAGAGUGUAUUUCUCUUUUAUUUUCUGAAAGAGUUUGUAUAACUUGGGAAUUACUCAUUAAAGGCUAAAAAUAG